GGGAGCACAUUACAGUGCGCAUGGCUAUUGUAAAGCUCAUGCCCACCUCCUCCUUCACUGCAUCAACCUCCACAAUUCCACCAGCAGCUGCAUCUACAUCAUCCACUCCACCAUCUGUGUCCCCUGCCAGUGAUACAUGCCCGACAUGUAAUCAGCACACAAAGAAUUACCUUGUCGAAGCUGGCCUCAUCCCACACUCGCUCGCCAAGAUACUCACAACACCCACAUUUGGCCAGAAAGCUGGCGGGGUAUGGCGUCGGUUGCCCCUACAGGCCAGGGUCAUCACCAGCGACGAGUACGUUGCUCAUCUCGACAGGCUGGAGGCGGAGGAGAAGGAAAAGGAGGAACAGAAGAAGAAAAGGAAAGCAGAAUUGGAAAGAAAGAGAGGAGAAAAAAAGACCAGAAAAUGCAACCCUUCACUGGACAGUGCCGGCCACUGUGCAAUCUGCCGCAACACUGCACCACCAGGGUUAGAUGCAGACAUUGACGAGUGGGUUCAGUGUGAGCUCUGUCAAGUGUGGUUUCACUUAGUUUGUGUGGAUAUGGAUGAUGUCCCGGAUGGAGAGUGGCUGUGUCACAAAUGUAGUGUGAAUGUAGUGUCAAUGUAACUGUUGUGUUAAUGUGUCACACACACACACACACACA